UUGGGCGGGAACAAAGCGGAAGCCGCGCCAAGUAUACAUACUUAUCAAGUUAUCAAAGCCGAGGGUAGUUCUGAAAGUAAUUGAUUAUUAAAUACCUAUUAGGUUUAAUGCCAAAAUGGAAAAUAAGACAGAUUUAAUUAAAAACUGCAUUCACAACAACGACGAACGUAAACUAAGUGAUUUAUUGAGUACAGGUUUAGAUCCAAAUUACGAAGGAGGAUGGCCGAUUCGACUAGCAGCCCGUCUUGGAGCGUACUCUCUAGUGAAGACGCUGCUACAUUAUCGUGCCAACCCUCAUUUGUUAGGAGAUUCAGGUGCAUCGACAUUGCAAUUAGCGGUGUUUUCUGAGAAGCACUGGGAUACCGAUAAAUGGGGAUUCCUAUUGUCAUGUUGCGAUUCUUCUCAGUUGGCAGACGGUGCCGCAGUCGCCAUCGUUUUUCAUAAUAUAGCUGCCAUCAAGACAAUCUUACAAACCGGACGAUGCAAUACUCACAUUCCAACAACAUUGACAGGAAAAACCGUCGAGCAGUUAGCAAAGGGAUACAAGCUAGACAGUUUAUUGACAACAACACAUACUACUCCGCAGUCAUCGCCAAGAGUUACCAGACAAAACAGGACGACGAGCGCGCGAAGCGGCGCGACUCCUUCUCAUCAUCGGAACUUAUCGCCAUCCGUAGCUAGAUUCUUCGAUCAAACCGCCAGCCAGCCCUCUCUCACAACACAACGAAGCCCUAUCCAGCUCUUAUCACCUAAUGGACGGGCCUAAACUUGGAUUGAUAACAGUGAUAACUAUACUAAAAAAACCUGAACAAAAAGUCAUCACUAAAUGAUAAAUAAAUGAGCUUUGAAUUAAUAAGUACCUAGCUAGAAAAUCAGUAAUGGUUACUUUAGGCUAGA